AUGCCGGAUGGAAGUUCCAUGAACUGUGAGAACCCCGGUGAAAAGCCGGAGAAGUUCAUCGCGACUAUAGAUCCUGACAAUCCAGAUUAUCAACGGAACCUUCUGCGCCCUGCUUCUAUAAAAGAAGAUGUCAAUCUCAUGUCUCAGAAACAGCGGGUGACAUUAAUCCUUAACUCUGAAUCAUUCCGCCAUGAGUUGGAGGAGAUUGUUCGGUCGCAGUCGCAAUCGGGAGAGUACCCUGGAAUGAGUACAAGCCUACUCUCCCUUCAACAUAUUUCGGAAUUAUUUGCGUCUGUGCCUAAUGGUCAUGCUUCCACUGGGGUUGGGCUCAGCAAAGGUCAGCGCAACGGAAUCAUUCCCAUCAACGAUCUGCGCGGUGGUGAAGCCACAAUAUACAGUCGCCGUGAACGUUCUCUUCGUUGUAAACUCGCUGCUGUGUACAGAUUGAUUGAUCUGUUCGGCUGGAACACGAGCAUCCACAAUCAUGUAACGGCCCGUAUUAGUUCAAAGAAUGAGCAUUUCCUGGUCAAUCCGUUCGGGUUGCUUUACCACGAAAUCACUGCAUCCUCUUUGCUCAAGGUCGAUUGUAAAGGUCAAGUGUUGGACCCAGGAUCCACGGUUCUCGGACUAAACCACGCAACUUGGAUGUUGCAUUCUGCUGUGCAUUCAGCACGCGCCGAUGUUCGGUGCAUUAUUCAUGUGGACACUCCGGCUACCAUUGCAGUAUCAUGUAUGAAAUCCGGUCUUCUCCCUCUCUGUCACGAAGCGAUGAUUUUGGGUGAAAUUUCUUACUACACACCGUCGAGUCUCUUUCUUGGUGGUAUCAGCAAUGGAAACCAACAAGCAGUAAACGGCGAUCAUGACAAACUGAAGGACUGGAGUGCUGAACGAUCGGCUAUAACUGAGGCUUUGGGACCGACGUCUCGCGUGUUGUUCCUGCGAACUCGUGGCCUGCUCGCCCUAGGCGAGACGGUUGAGGAGGCUUGGCAUUAUGCAACAAAUGCCGUCUUACUACUGGCCUCCUUGGAUGCGGAAAAUUUGGUUUUGCCGACGGAAAAACUCAAACAGAAGACUUAUGAGACCUGGCGCACUUCCGGUCUUGGUGGGCUUAGCGGCCCGGAGGCCGCGUUAGCCAUUCGAUUAGCAGCAGUUAAUAGGUCAUCCGCAACCGAGGGUGGAUUUUCCUCGUCAACCGAAGGCGCCCACGUGGAUGGGGAUAGUGUUCCAGUCGCGACAAGCAGACCUUGGCGAUUAGGAGAGCUAGAAUUCGAGGCCAUGAUGCGUCAUUUGGAUAAUGCUGGGUGUCGUACGGGUCAUCUUUAUAGACAAGAAGCCCUAGCUAGUCCCCGUCGAGAACGACGUGCCAAAACUUUAGAUGGAAAGGGAUAUUCCAGUCUUGACGAUGACAUUCAAGUCCCUCCAACGGCAUCAUCGGUCUCGGCAACAAUGGCGUACUAUUAUGACGACGGUUUUCUUUCGGGUGACGAAACUGAGACCCCUCGCCCAUCCACACUGCGACGUGAGUGGGCACAAAAACAUUGGCUGAACACACCAAAUAAAUACACGAAAGAAUUGAUCCAACCGUCGCCUGCCCAUCAGCCAGUCUCCCAUUGGGUUUCUGAAAAGGAAAAUGCCAUUCGGAAGGCCGUUUCAAGUGGCGCCCUCCCCCCACCCGCACCUUUCCAUCCCCUUACACCUGGAGCCGUUCCGAUGGGCACAACUGGGGGUCCCGCAACCGGCACGGCUUCUGUUUGCAGCCCCUAUAACGUGUUCGCUCCACAGGGGUCUAAUCCAAAAGAAUACCGAGAUCAACAACGAAAGGUAAAAGCCAAGUAUUAUCAUGAUACCAACACUGCCGGGCCGCAGUCACGUCUGUUGGAUAACCUUACAUGGGACGAGGCGCGCCGUGUUCGUGACGAAGGUUUGAUGAAAGUCCUAGGUCCGAAAUAUGCCGCACUUGUCGCUCAGGGUGCAGUUCAGGAUGUUCCCGUCGCAGCAGCCAGCAAAGCUAUCAUUCAACGUGAUGUUCGGAAUGCCGCAGUCGUGUAUGACGCCCUCUAUUCGCACCAAAAUCCGUUUGAAAAGAUCACAGACGAGGAGUUGGAGAUGUACAGGCGUGAGAUCGAGAUUAAGAACAACCCUGAGUUAGCCGCAGAACUGGAACGUCGUGGGUUGGUCGUCGCCGAUGGCGCGCUAUCUCCCGUAUCACCCGACUCCUUAGCCGUCGACAGCGGUGCGACAGACUUGGAGAGUGCAAGCGACACUGGAGCAACUCAUUUAGCUCCUCCCACCACUGCUGGGACACUAACAUCAGAACCGAGUGGAACAGAGGACGCCGGUGAACACGAAACUAAGAAAAAGAAAAAGAGGCGCUUCAAGCUUCCGUCGUUUUCUCUAUCGCGAUCCAAGGACAAGAACAAGGAGAAGUGAUUAUCACGUAAACACCCCGACCAACACCAAUCUACGGUCCUAGUUCACUCCGUACCUGCGCUCCCGUUAUCAUCACGUUUUAUCCAUGAUCGUGAUCAUGGCCCCCGAAUCAUACUUUUGGUGGCUGUGUCUUCGUUGCUUCUUUUCGUUUUUCCCUCACCCACUACCAGCAGCUUGUUCUUGUUCUUGUACGGAACUGCCAGUAUCUCUACGUUGUUUGUUCACUUUUGAGACUCGUUUGUCAUCGUAAAUCCUCUCACAUGUUGUCACAUGGGGUUUCCAGUCUGAGAUGAGAUGCACUUCUGCCCCAGUUGUCUCAGCCUUGUCGCCUUACCUGGAUGUAUUGUCAAGUACGUUCCAGCUUUCGCCUACUCUUGGAUUCGUUUCAAACUCCUGAGAGCUACUUUCUUUAGUCCAUGCGUUACAAUUGUUCCCCUUUACGUUGGUUUUUCUACCUUCUCACAUACCAUUCUAACUUCCAUAAACGGUCUAGUAACUAAUCAUUGCUCCCCAUUUGUAACUGCUUCGGUCGCUUUUCAUGUUGUGCCGGAUUUCAUGUUAAAAUCUUUGCCAUUGUCUCAGUAAUUUGUUUUAAGUUUGAACCUAAGGGUAAUUUGACUAUGAUUUAUCACCCUGCCUGUAUACCCCGUGAUUUUCUCCAUUGUAACUUCCCAUGGGAGAAGCCACUCCACUUCGGUACGUUCGUUGCAGAACCUCGAUCACCUGCAUCUUGGAUUUCCAAGGAAGGAUUCGAAACAGGACUUUGACACCCAUAUUAACGAUGAACAAGGCAUAUUCGAACUCCGGGGGGCGCCACUUGCCUCUUAUCAGUCCUUUUUGUUUUAAAUUUCAAUCCCUUACUAGGAUUUUUUCCAGUCGUCACAAUUCUGGCUUAUAUUUGUUCAUUACGGUCAUUGCUGUUUGCCACAUAUUGUGCAUCCCUCGCCCUCCGUAACCCAGCAAAAACCACGAAUGAUGUAACAAGGGCCCGCUGCUACGUUUUACAUUUUUGUUUGAUUUGGUAACAGCUGUGCUUCAGAUCACUAAGGCUUGAACAUUAUACGUUCCCCCAACUGGGAUGGUUUUUUUUCAUGCCUAGUAGAUGUAGAUGACUUCGCAACUGAUUUGACGCACGCAUAACGUCCAGUAAUGCGAUGAGUAUUAUUCGUGCUGUUCAAUUUUAGAGCGUCAUACAAACGAAUGGGUGUCAUCAUCGACGGCACAUUGCUAUUCGAUCCUCAUGCUUCGCCGCCAUGACUAUCCUCUCCCAUAAACUGUGUGUAAGUCAUCGUGUGCACGUAAUCACAUGCAUACUUCACUUAUGUAAUGCAACCAGGUUAUUUUCGACGACACUGGUGUCGCAGCUUUA